GCCGCCCCCCCGCCGCCAUGACCGUCAAGCUGGACUUCGAGGAGUGCCUGAAGGACUCGCCCCGCUUCAGGGCCGCCAUCGAGACGGUGGAAACGGAAGUGUCUGUGCUGGAGACCCAGCUGGAGAAGUUGCUGAAACUCUGCACCACCAUGCUCGAGUCAGGGCGGCAGUAUUGUGCCCACAGCAAGAAUUUUGUGUCCGGUGUCCAGGAGCUGUCGCAUAAUUCCCAGGGGGACCCCAUGAUGAACGAAUGCCUCGAAAAAUUUUCGGAGAGCCUCAACCAAAUGAUCACCAGGCACGAGGAACUUCUGGAUGUGACGCAACAGUCUUUCAAGCAACAGCUGCAGAGCCUGGUGAAAGAAGACAUUAAGCAGUUCAAGGAGACCCGUAAGGACUUUGAACGCAACAGCGAAACCCUCUCCAGCGCCCUCCACCAUAACGCCGAGGUGCCCCGGCGGCGCCACCACGAGGCCGAAGAGGCCGUGUCCGCGCUGACGGCUGCCCGCACUGCCUUCCGUGCUCGAGCCCUCGACUACAUCCUCAAGAUCAAUGUGAUCCAGUCGAAGAAGAAAUCUGAGAUCCUGAAGUUUAUGUUGACCUCUAUGGAAGCCCAGUCCUCCUACCUGGAGCAGGGGUUUUAUAUGGCGAAAGAGCUGGCACAGUAUCGCAAGGAUUUGGCCGCGCAGCUCCAUCAGCUGGUUUUGGAGUCGGCCCGAGAAAAGCGGGACAUGGAGCAGCGGCACACCGUCAUCAAGCAGAAGGACCUGUUGCAAGAAGAUGCGGUUCCCGAGCUCCGUACAGAGCCAGGGGUGGUGGUGAUGGAAGGCUACCUCUAUAAAAGGGCCAGCAACGCCUUCAAGACAUGGAGCAGGCGCUGGUUUUCCAUACAAAGCAACCAGCUGGUAUAUCAGAAAAAGGCAAAGGAUGCCUUGACGGUGGUGGUUGAGGAUCUGCGGCUAUGUACCGUCAAACCGUGCCCGGACCACGAACGCCGCUUCUGCUUCGAAGUGGUUUCGCCCUCCAAGAGCUGCCUCCUCCAAGCGGAUUCGGAGCGCCACCUGCAAGCCUGGGUGUGCGCCGUUCAAAACAGCAUCGCCUCAGCUUACAGUGAGGAACACCCAGAGCCCCCAGGGCAGCCCCUGGAGCGAGCCGCAUCUCUCUCUGCGGCCAAGCUGCAGUCCCCCAUGGGCCGGCGGCUGCGGGGGGGCUCGGACAAGCACGUUGUGGAUCGGGUACAGCGGCUGGAGGGCAAUGCCCAGUGCUGUGACUGCCGUGAGCCUGCGCCCGAAUGGGCCAGCAUCAACCUGGGCAUCACCCUUUGCAUCGAAUGCUCAGGCAUCCACAGGAGUCUCGGUGUGCAUUUCUCCAAGGUGCGAUCGCUGACACUGGACUCUUGGGAACCUGAGCUUGUGAAGCUGAUGUGUGAAUUGGGAAAUCGCGUCAUCAACCAAAUCUAUGAAGCGCGGGUGGAAGAGAUGAACAUGAAACGUCCCCACUCUGGCUGUUCCCGUUCUGAGAAGGAGGCCUGGAUCCGUGCCAAGUAUGUGGAAAAGAAGUUCAUCACCAAGUUCCCUGAAGUUCGGGGGCGGCUGAGCCAGGGUGGAGACGGGCGUGGGCCUGAGAAGCCCCCCAGACCGUUCCCCAAACCGAAACCUCCACAUCUGGCUCGGGGGAGAAGUGCAGCACCUGGAGAAGACCUCCACCAUUUGCACCCAGGACCCCUGCUGUACCGCGCAGCCGCCGCACCCCCCAGCUUGCCCACGAUGGCAGAUGCCCUGGCCCAUGGCGCCGACGUCAACUGGGUCAACAUGGCUCACGAGAGCCGCACUCCUCUGCUCCAGGCAGUGGCUGCGAAUUCCCUUUUGGCCUGUGAGUUCUUGCUGCAGAAUGGAGCCAGCGUCAACCAGGCGGACAGCAGGGGCCGGGGGCCCCUCCACCACACCACCAUCUUGGGUCACACGGGGCUGGCCUGCCUGUUCCUCAAGCGGGGCGCCAAUAUGAAUGCGGUGGACGAGGAAGGAAAAGAUCCGCUCUCCAUUGCCAUAGAUUUGGCCGAUGCGGACAUUGUGACUUUACUCCGUUUGGCCAAGAUGCGUGAGGUUGAGCUGGCCCAUGGCCAAUCAGGUGACGAAACAUACCUCGACAUCUUCCAAGACUUCUCCCUCAUGGCCUCCAAUGACCCCGACAAGCUGACCCGCCGUAGCUACGACCUGAAGCUCACCACGUUGUGA